GCUUUUCCGCACUCGAGUUCGUUGGUGUUGUGGGCCUAGCCGGGUUAAAGUUGUCCUUAGCCUUGUGCGUGGGAGCAACGUGGACAGCGAAGGACAGUUCCUGAGCUCUCCGCAUAGAUUCUUGACUUGAUUCGGCUGCGCCACUACUGCGGCCUCAAGACCCCGUGGGGUGGAGAGAACUAGUUCUCUCAUGCUCUCUCUCCUCUCAUUUCUCUCCCUCUGCCCUUCUCUCCCUCUGCCCCUCUCCCUCUUUCUCUCUCUAUCCCCCCCCACUCCAGAUGCCCAGUCCGCCGAGCCAGUCACUGCGGAGCGCAGUGCUAAAAGUGGCUGGAGCGCAGCGCAAACGGUGGCGCGGCCUCCGGGCGCUGUGCGCGGAGUAGCCGAGGCCGGCAGAGACAGCAAAUGCUCGCAACUGCUUGCAUCUCAGAAGCUGGCGGCAGAGCCCUGGCUUUCCCGUGCGCUCUCUCUGGGUCCUCUCAGGCCCGGCUUCUUCCUCGGACUGGGUUCAUACUGGGAGGAACAAGGCCAAGUGCCUGGCAAAUCACCUGGGAUGCAAGGGUCUUUCCCGCUGCACGCAGAGGCCUGAGCGGUCAGCUUCCUGGGAUCCCGGCGUUCAGCAGCAACAGUCAGGGCCUCUGCUGGGGUUGGAGCUGGCCGGGCGGCAGGCCUGGGGCAUCCUGGAGAGCUGUAGCCCGCAGGCCAGGGGCAAGGCAGCGACCUCUUGGGCUCCAGUGGAUCCGGCCUGAAAAGGUCACAUUUCCUGAGACAUGUAUGAGGCCCACUCUUGGGGGCUAGCGCCCUGGGCCAGCCGUUUCCAGUUGACUAAGAGCGCGUCACCACGGCCAGGGAAGAAGGAGGCCCCAGUGUCUGCUGAGCAAAGGGCCUGGCCUCCGAACGCUCCUAUAACUGGGCCAGGAGCCCAACCCGGCCUCGCAGGGAACGGAUUUCCUCACCGCGGGCCUCGUUAAAAUGCGCACACUGCGGGAGUGAGGGCUGCCCCAGCCUCGGGUUUGGAGGGGAGGGGGGAAGAAGGGAGGGGACGGAGAGGCACGAGUGUGGUGACACUGGCUCUUGUCAUAGCCUCCGGCAGCGUUCGAAUGCCAAGGCUAAAUGGAGAGCUGAAGAAGAGUGUGGCAGAGGUGUCUGUCGGUUGCCCCCCACCGGGUUUCCCCCUCCAGGUCUUCGCCUCUCGGCAAGCCAAAGACCCUUAAAAUCAAUGUUUCUUUCACUUCCUCAAGACGGCGUAUGAGCUUGGAGGCUGUCAGGGUGAUGGGGCUGUGGGGUGUCUGGACCUGGCUCCAGCCUCGGAGUAGGGGUGGAGGAAUCUUUCAGCCAAGGUUGCCAGUCGCUUCCACCCCUCACUCCUACCAGCCCAUCAAGGCCCACCGACAGGAGCUGCAGAGAAGGCAAGCCAGGUGAGCACACCAGAGGCAAAAAUCCUAACUGGGUCAACCGGCUAGCAGAAGAGAAGUGUAAGGGGCUGCGAGGCCAGGGCAUUGCAUUUUGGGGAAAAUUCUGUGUGGGAUACAAGAAAGAAGUGGUAAUAGCCAGCUUCCAGUCGGCUCUGGAUUCGGACACUCUGAGGGUCCUGAUGGCCUUAGGACCAGGUCCGCCACUUUUGCGAGACCGCUUCAGGUCCAGAGCUGAAUCGGAAGAGUCUGAGGCCCGACAGGCUGCCUUAGUGGUUAGAGUGCACCAAGGGCUAGUGGCUGAUUCCGAAAUAAGAAUAGGGAGCACCCAAGGCGGGACGGGGUGCGCGCCAUAAACACUCCACUUGUUAACUGCGCGGGGCCCAAGGGCCUUUCAAACAGACCCCGGAGGAGGACUCACGUCUGGGCAUGGGCGGGGCAAGCCCAGGGGCCCGGCCCCCCACCAGCCACGCUGGGGCAGCCCCCACAGCUCCUGGCCUUUGGGCUGAGGUAUCGGGUGUGCGUCUUGCGGCCCAUCAAUACAGAUUACAUAUUUAUAUCAAUCGCGGGCUCGGAGGGCGCCCUCGGAGAGCGGCCCCGCGCCUACGAAACCAAACUGGGAGUGGUCGCGCGGAAACUCUGGCUCAGGAUUGGCUGCGGGCGCCCGCCGCGGUGCGGGGGGAUUGCUAAUCGUAUUCAGCAUGUUUUGCACAAGAAAUGUCAGCCAGAAAGAGCUAUCUGCUCCCUUCGCCAAAUUAUCCCACAACAAUGUCAUGCUCGGAGAGCCCCGCCGCGAACUCUUUUUUGGUCGACUCGCUCAUCAGCUCCGGCAGAGGCGAGGCUGGCGGUGGUGGCGGCGGCGCGGGGGGUGGCGGCGGCGGUGGCUACUACGCCCACGGCGGGGUCUACCUGCCACCAGCCGCCGACUUGCCCUACGGGCUGCAGAGCUGCGGGCUCUUCCCGGCUCUGGGAGGCAAGCGCAAUGAGGCAGCUUCGCCAGGCGGCGGCGGCGGCAGCGGGGGCCUGGGGCCCGGGGCGCACGGCUACGCGCCCGCGCCUAUAGACCUGUGGCUGGACGCGCCUCGGUCGUGCCGGAUGGAGCCGCCCGAGGGGCCGCCACCGCAGCAGACCCAGCAGCAACAGCCGCCCCCGCCGCAACCACCCCAGCCCCCGCCGCAGGCCACCUCUUGCUCUUUCGCGCAGAACAUCAAAGAGGAGAGCUCCUACUGCCUCUACGACUCGGCUGACAAAUGCCCCAAAGGCUCGGCCGCCGCUGCCGAGCUGGCCCCCUUCCCGCGGGGCCCGCCGCCCGACGGCUGCGCCCUGGGCACCUCCAGUGGGGUGCCGGUGCCCGGCUACUUCCGCCUCUCCCAGGCCUAUGGCACGACCAAGAGCUACGGCAGCGGCGGCGGCGCGCUGCAGCUUGGAGCCGGCCCGUUCCCCGCUCAGCCCCCGGGGCGCGGCUUCGACCCGCCACCCUCGCUAGCCUCCGGCUCGGCGGAUGCAGCCCGGAAGGAGCGAGCCCUCGAUUCGCCGCCGCCUCCCACGCUGGCUUGCGGUGGCAGCGGCGGGGGCUCGCAGGGCGACGAGGAGGCACACGCCUCGUCCUCGGCUGCGGAAGAGCUCUCCCCGGCCCCUUCCGAGAGCAGCAAAGCCUCGCCGGAGAAGGACUCCCUGGGCAAUUCCAAAGGCGAAAACGCAGCCAACUGGCUCACUGCAAAGAGCGGCCGGAAGAAGCGCUGCCCCUACACGAAGCACCAGACGCUGGAGCUGGAGAAGGAGUUUCUGUUCAACAUGUACCUUACUCGAGAGCGGCGCCUAGAGAUCAGCCGCAGCGUCCAUCUCACGGACAGACAAGUGAAAAUCUGGUUUCAGAACCGCAGGAUGAAACUGAAGAAAAUGAACCGAGAAAACCGGAUCCGGGAGCUCACAGCCAACUUUAAUUUUUCCUGAUGAAUCUCCAGGCAACGCCGUUUUUUCGCUUCCAGAGAGCUGUUCUCCUCCCUCUGUCUUCGGCCUCUGCCCAGGAACUCGCACCUGUGCCGGAGCCCCAUUCCUCCCUCCCACACUCGCCAUCUCGCUGGCCGUUACAUCUGUGCAGGGCUGGUUUGUUCUGACUUCUUGUUUCUUUGUCUGUUUGCUUGGUGCUGGUUUAUUUGUUGUUUUCUGGGGGAAAAAGCCAUAUCGCGCUCAAAUUCGAGAGAGAGAGAUAUUGUCCUAAGUGUCAAGUGGUGACUGGGAUGGUUUGCUGUCUCGGGGUUCCAAUGCUCGAAAUGGCCCCUGUUUUCCCGGUGGAACUGGAGCUGGUUUCCUGCGGCCCCCCGGGGCAAACCUAGCCGGAAGGCAGAGGUCCCAUUGUAGGCGCUGAGGUGUCUGGCCUGAGGUCAAUGGUGCAAGGAGCCGCCACCGGGCUCCCUGGCCUGGAGUGCUGGGCUGUGUUUAAUCAGGGGAUACAGGCCUCUGGGUUCCUCUUUUCUUUCUUCCUUUCUUCCUUGGCAAAGAGAAGGACUUACAGGCAUGGACUUGCAGGUUGGCAAAAGGGCUUGACUUUGGCUGAUUGGAAAACCGAAAAAGUUAGAUUAAUUUUUCCUUCCUCUGUAAGAUAUCCCAGCUUUAAAAGAAAAAAAGAAUGACCAGAAGAAAAGUUCUCUUCCAGUUUGUGUAAGGUCUUGCAUUGUGGGACUAAAUUAUUUCACUUACCCCUGAAUUUCCGUAUCCUUCUGGCUGUAGAUAAAUAACCUAAUGUAGUUUUGUUUAGAUAUGCAGAUUUUGUGGAUUUUUUGUCAUUAAAUAAUUGUUACCAGUGGUAACACAUGACAAGCACACCACAGUCCUCCCUAUCUUGUGGAGGUUUUCUUUUUUUCCCCACUCUUUUCUUCUUCUUUUUUUUUUUUUUUACUUUCCAAAAUUCACAGAGGCGGACUCCUCCGCUGGGGGCAAGCAGAAUGGCUAGAGAAGGGAGACAUUGUGAAUUUCCUUUAUACUGUGAAGUUACAUGCAUAAAAGGGUCAAACCUGUAGGUGCAGAAAAAGAAAAAACUAUAAAUACAAAUCUGUAUAAAUGUCUAUUAUUAUGAAAAAUUGCCAAUCUUGUUUUAUGCAAAUGCAUUCUAUCGUUAUUAUAAAUGUUAGUUCUAGUUCUAUUUACUUCUAAUCUUAAAUCAGAAUAAAUUAAUAUUGUAAUGCUGCUGUGCGUGGAAAAAAAGACGAUGUUUAUGUUCUUAUAGAAGAAUAAAAGCUGUGGAAUGAAGCUUUUUAAUUUUA